AGAGAGGGAGGAGGAGGAGGUGGGGGCAGAAGACAGGUGGAGAAGAAGUGGAGCGAGAGAGAGUCAGAAAAUAUUAGAUAGAGUAUUUUAAUAUAGAUCUGAGGGACGAUUUCAACUCUUUUCAAGUCUUGGCCUUGAGAGGAUCUUUGAUUUCUCUGGCAACUUCCCAACACCUUGAGCAGCAAUGCAGCAGAUCUGUCUUUCUCUACUAUGUGGCCUCGGCCUUCACCUGAUUCUCCUCUGCUAUGCCGAGGAAGGACUCGAGUUCCCCAACUUCGACGGGAAGGACAGAGUGCUGGACGUCAACGAGCGCAACUACAAGAAGGCUCUGAGGAGGUUCGACCUGCUCUGUCUGUUCUACCACGAACCUGUGCCGGCCAACAAGGGUCUGCAGAAACGCUUCCAGAUGACUGAGCUGGUGCUGGAGCUCACAGCUCAGGUCCUGGAGAACAAGGACAUCGGCUUCGGGAUGGUGGACUCCCAGAGGGACGCCAAAGUAGCCAGAAAACUGGGUCUGGAGGAGGUGGGCAGCCUGUACGUGUUCAAGGACGACCGCGUCAUCGAGUUUGACGGGGAGCUCUCAGCCGACACGCUGGUGGAGUUCCUGUUGGACGUGUUGGAGGACCCAGUGGAGAUGAUCAAUAACCCCAUGGAGGUGCGAGCCUUUGAGAGAAUGGAGGAGGACAUCCGCCUCAUCGGCUUCUUCAAGGGAGAAGACUCAUACUACAGAGCCUUUCAGGAGGCGUCGGAGCGUUUUCAACCCUACAUCAAGUUCUUUGCUACAUUCGAUAAAACUGUGGCCAAACAUCUCUCCCUCAAGAUGAACGAAGUGAAUUUCUACGAGCCGUUCAUGGAGGAGCCGGCCAUCCUGCCCGGCAGACCUCUAUCGGAGAUGGACAUAGUCGAGUUUGUCAACCAGCACAGACGGGCGACACUGAGGAAGCUCCGGGCAGAGAAUAUGUUUGAAACUUGGGAAGACGAUAUGGACGGAAUACACAUCGUUGCUUUUGCCGAAGAAGAAGAUCCAGAUGGCUACGAGUUCCUGGAGAUCCUGAAGGACGUAGCCAGAGACAACACCAACAACCCAGAGCUCAGCAUCGUCUGGAUCGACCCUGACGACUUUCCUCUGCUCACCACUUACUGGGAGACAACCUUCAAGUUGGACCUGUUCAGGCCUCAAAUCGGUAUCGUCAACGUCACUGAUGCGGACAGCGUGUGGCUGGACAUGUCCAACGACGAGGACCUGCCCAGUGCCGAGGAGCUGGAGGACUGGAUCGAGGACGUCCUGUCGGGGAGGGUGAACACCGAGGACGACGACGAGUCCGCCGACGACCAGGACAACUCUGACGUCACAGAGGACGACGACGACGAAGGUCAUGACCUUGACGAUGAUGACGAUGAAGUGGAUGGUGAUGACUGAGCUGAAGCAGUGCAUACAUGGGUCCAACUCGCUUUCAUUCUCAUUUUAAAGAAGUGACAUUUAAAUGUCUCCCGAAAUACAGUAUUCUAGUAUUCUAGUUCACGUAGACUGUGGUUCAAUUAGUUAGGCUUGUAAAACAAAACGGUAUUAAAGGCAUCAUGGGAACAUUUGUGUCCCAGUUUAUUAUAAAGUCAGUAGAGUCAUAAUAUUGUCAAAAUUAUGAGGAUAUGAAAGUUGCUGCGUUAAUUACACAUGAACGUUAAAGCUGCAGUGAGCCCCUUUCGGCAACACAACAGCAACAUGUCAUCAUCUUUUAAGUAGCAACGUAUUAGCAAACAGUUGCCUAGCAAAUGUUGCAAAACACUCGAGAUUAAAUAUUUGAACUCUAAACGCUAAAUUGUCGCAAAAGCCAAUUAGAUCUUCCCGACUUCACGGAUAUUUGCACAGGUAAAAAAAAAUGUUUUGGUGUGAACUCAAGUUUUAAAAGUAUUAAAAGUACGUUUUUUGAAAACAGUGUUAAUAAAAGCAUAUCUACGA